UAAAUUUAUAUUAUCUCCAAAAACAACAACCCUUUAAAUUAGUCUAAACACACAAUCAUCAUACAAAAUGUAUCAUCUUAAAACCAUUAUCACCAUCUUACUCAUGCUUAUUACAACAUCUCUAGCUCGUUAUAACUCCUUUGGGGAAGGCGGUGGUGGAGGGCGGAGAGUGGAGAUGACGCCGGACGUGUAUUCAUCUCCAUCAUCACAAGUUAAUAACCAAGGCAUGGAGGGGACAACAACGGGCGCCACCGGCUCAGCCCAUGGCCCGAAUGGGGAAUAUGGAUGGGGUUGGGGUGCCGGUCCAAGAAGCGGUUGGGGAUAUGGUUACGGUUCAAGCCAUUCCCCUACCGGGUUUGGACGAGGGUACGGGUUCGGAUAUGGGAUUGGGUCUGGGUCUGGGUCCGGGUAUGGAUACGGGUCAGGCGGCGGUACCAGUGCUGGUGGAUACGGAUAUGGAGCUGGGGGAGCUCAUGGAGGAGGUGGGUAUGGAAGUCCCUCUAACCAUGGUUAAUUUAUUCUCUAAUUAGUUGGUGGUUUGAUUUAGCUAAAAUGAAUGUAUGAUAUGGAUUAGUAAUUACUAUAAUAUAACUAAUUUAAGGUAUGUUUUCACCUUUUUAAGUAUGCAUGUGGAGUGUGGGGUGUGGAUGUAUUGAUAACGCAUUAGCGUAUUGUUGGAGAUGUUCUAUAUAUGUGUACUAAGUGGAGAUCAUUAGUGGUUAAUUAACUAGAAGUAGUAUUUAAUCUCAUAA